UAUACAAGGGCAAAUAGUUGCUCGUUGUUGAGACGAGGAGGUAUCAUUGAGGAGCAUAUGUUGCUCGCUAUUCUGAUGAAGAAGUUAGCACCGAGGAGGUCUUUCUUGUGAAGUGCAGCUUUUUCUUGAAGGUUUGCUCGGGUGUGAUUCGAGCAGCUUUUUGUUGGGGAUGUGAAAGGGUGCAUUUACUGCUUUGAUUUUUACGAGGGGGUGUAAUGACCCUUGGAUCAAGGUGUCUCUUCAUUUUCCUGGCUUGUUCUAUAAAUAUGGGAGAGUGAAUUUCAUUCUCACUUUUCACUCUCUCUCUUCACUUGUGAUUCCUGAAAGUUUUCUCUGAAGUUCAAACGUCCUAGUCACGUCAUUCUUCAGAUUUCCCUCAUAUUCAAGACGAAAUGGAGAGCAUUGCUGAGCGCAUGUUGAAGGCCAAGCAAGAUGAAAGGGCGAGCAAGGCUGCUCGGGGAAAGAAGAAGGUUGUUGCUAGAGCUUCCCAGGAAGUGAGGCCGGGGACCCCUUCCGUGCAGGUUAUUGGGUCCUCGGGUGUUGGUACGGGCACCCCUACCUCAGCUCCCCGGCCUCCUCCAGCGAAGAGGACAAGAGAAGAAGAUCCCCCGGUUCAGGAUGCGGGCAUGGGAGGAUGCAGCAAGUUUCCGGUUCCUCGGUGCUUUACCGUGGACAGAUUUUUUGAGAAGUAUCCCCCGGAGGUCUUUGAAACUGAAAGGGCUGCCAUUCUUAACCAGGAACCAGAGGCCCGUAGGGAGCAGCAUGCUCGAGACAUGGCUGCUAUGGUGCGGAUGGUCUCGAGCUCCCUUGUCCUCGGUGACGAGCGGGAGUCUUUAGUCGAGCAGCUGAACACUGCCGAGGCCCGGCACGAGCGGUCCAAAAGUCGGAUCAACCAACUCAAAAUUGUUGUGGAAGAUCUCCGGGAGAAGCAAAAACAUUGGGGUGACCAGCUGGACGAGCACCGUAAAAGGGGAGAGGAUUUGGAUGCUGCUCGGGCUGAAAUUGAAAGGCUUAAUGCUGCCAUGGCGCCGGGCGAGAACGAGCACAAGGCUGCCGAGGGGUUGACCACCCGAGCAGACUUGGUCAAGGUGAUUGCUCAGCUGUCUCAUGAUUUUGUAGAGGGCACUGAGUACGCCUUUGAGAAUGCCGUGCAGCAAAUCAAGUGCCUCAAUCCUGACGUGGAGCUGGUGACCCGGGGAAUGCAUGUGAACGGGCAGGUCAAGGAUGGCCAAAUUGUUAUCCCGGCUGGCCUGGCCGACUCUGAUGAAGAGGGGGAAGAUGCUGAGGGGGUGUUCGAGGAGGGUCAUGAAGACGAGCAGGAUGAUGUGACUGAGCAGGAAGAUAGGUGCGAGGAGUAG